CGGGGGAGAGGAGGUGGCGAGUGGUGUCCCGUGACCCUUGGCCCCGGCACCCCUGCAGCCACACCAAGAUGAUGGGCUGUGGGGAGUCGGAGCUGGAGUCGGUGGAAGGGGAGGAGGCCGUGGUGGCCCCGGGGCCACCCCCAGAACCCCGCGCCCCGGAGGCCGGAGCCCCGGCGCCCGAGCCCGGACUGGACCUGAGCCUGAGCCCGCGGUCCGAGAGCCCGCCGCGGCCGAACUGCAGCCCCGGGCGGCGGAAGGGGCGGGCGGAGCGGCGGGGCGGGGCCCGCAAGGGGCGGCAGGUUCGCUUCCGCUUGGCGCCGCCCUCCCCGGUCCGCUCCGACCCGCCGCCGACUGCCGCCGUUUCGAGCGAGAAGCCCGCGGCGCCGCCUGAGCUGGGGGCGCCCGCGCCGCACAGCAGUCUGGCCCUGAGCCUCGAGCUGCAGGCCGCGCGGGCGGCAGCCGGGGGCCACUUCGAUGCCGCGAAGGCCGUGGAGGAACAGUUGAGAAAGUCCUUCCAGACCCGCUGCGGCCUGGAGGAGAGCGUGGCCGAGGGGCUGAACGUGCCGCGCUCCAAGCGGGUCUUCCGGGACCUGGUGAGCCUGCAGGUGCCGGAGGAACAGGUUCUGAACGCUGCGCUGCGGGAGAAAUUGGCGCUUCUGCCGCCGAAGGCCCGAGCCCCGCCCCCAAAGGAGCCACCUGGGCCAGGGCCAGACAUGACCAUUCUGUGUGACCCAGAAACACUAUUUUAUGAAUCUCCACACCUGACCCUGGACGGUCUGCCUCCUCUCCGGCUUCAGCUGCGGCCCCGCCCUUCAGAGGAUACCUUCCUCAUGCAUCGGACACUCAGGCGAUGGGAAGCGUAGACCUGGGGGCUCCCUGGAUUGCUAGUUCAUAUUUUUGUCUUAGAACUAUUUAUCAGAAUAAAGUAGUUUUGCUAACAAUUGAGACUCGUCUUGGGAGCCUUAAGAUG